AUGCCGCCGUCCAAAGUGCCCACGUCCUUCCUGUGCCCGAUCACACACGAGGUGAUGCGGGACCCCGUCUCAACCUCGGACGGCCAGUCCUACGAGCGCCGCGCGAUCGAGCAUUGGCUGCAGCACAGCAACCUAUCACCCCUCACGGGCGAGCAGCUUCACUCAAAGGCGCUCACGCGCAACCACGCGCUGAGGAACGCCAUCGGAGAGUACGAUCGCGCGCAGCCGGGGCUCUGUCUAAAGGUGAUCCUGCUCGGCGACUCGGGCGUGGGGAAGACGAGUCUGCUGCACCGCGCCCAGAACGCCACCUUUAGUGAGGGCGCGACCGCCACGAUCGGCUGCGCCUUUUGCCCGCACACUGUGGAGCUGCCGAGCGGCCGCGUGGUCGAGCUGCACAUCUGGGACACGGCCGGGCAGGAGAAGUACCGCGCCUUUGCGCGCCAGUACUUCCGCGGCUCAGACGCGGCCGUGGUGCUCUUCGACCUCAGCAACCGCGCCUCGCUCGACGGUGCGCAGCGCUGGAUCGAUGAGCUGCGGGCCGAGUUGCCCGAGCAGCCGGGCCUGUCGCUCACGCUCGCGGGCUCGAAGCGCGACCUCUGCCCAAAGGCGCGGCAGGUCAAGACGCAGGAUGCCAAGGCCGUGGCGGCAGCCAACGGCGCGAGCUAUCUGGAGGUGAGCGCGAGGGACGGGAUGAACGUUGCGGAGCUAUUUGCCGCCGUCGCGGCGAGCGUCGACCCCGAGAGCCGGCCCGCCUCCCGCGGCGUUAAGCUCGACGACUCGAGUCGAGACGGCCGCCGCGACUGGCCCGGCUGCUGCUAG